AGCAUCUCCUCGCCACAACGGCACCGCACUUGAGAUCCCUCUGUCCUGGACACGCAAAGCAGCAUGCUCUCUGUAUCUCGAGGAUUCCAGCUCCUUGUGGCAUUGGUGCCGCUCGGAUGGAUGGCAUACAUGGCACAGGGCCGCAUCGGCAUGAACAUGACCAACAGUCUCUCGCCCAUGGACAUCUACUAUAUCGCAUUUGCGCUGUCGCCCCUGGUUGUCUUGUGCGUCUCGGCCGUGCUGCUCGACAACCCUGCUGCCGAUGCACUCUACAAGAGCAGUUCAAAGACUCGUUCGUCGAGCCGAGUUGAUCGCUUCCUCCAUCGCAUUUGGAAGCCACGAUGGCAGGUCUUCAAGGGUCGCUUUGCCGACAAGUCCUAUGUCGGCAACCCCUGGUCAACGGCCGAGCUUGCGAUACUCGUUCUGCUUGUGCUGUUCAACCUUGCGUGGAUUUUUGUGCCUAUCAUCAUCCGCAUGCUGCCUUCCCCUGGACGUGCGCCGCGGGUCAUGAAUCUCUAUCGCUGGGUGCGCUCGAUCGGCGUCUGGACCGCCUACGCUGGCUUGUGGGAUGCAGGCCUCUGUGUCUUGUUUGCGAUUCGCGAGAACGCCGUCAUGAAGAACAUCCUUGGCAAAGAUGCCGGCCAGUACCACCGCGUCAUUCGCUUCCACAUUGGCCUGGGCUACGCCAGCUUUGUGAUGGUCACCAUCCACUCGCUCUACUUCAUCAUCGACUUUCUGUACAACCAAGAGUUCUUUGAAGAGAUGUUCCCCUGGCUCUCCAACGGAGGUUAUGAAAACUUUUACGGCUUCCUCUCGUGGCUGGCCUUGAUUGCCAUGAUCAUCACAUCGGUUUACAAGAUCCGACGUUCGCGCUACAACGUCUUUUACUGGACCCAUCAGCUCUACUUCGUUUACUUUUUCUGUGCCUGGAUCCACAUGGGUUCCUACUGCAUCUAUCCCGUCAUCGGGCCUUGUAUCUACUUGAUCUAUGAUCGACUGAGGCCCCGCCUGGGCACCAAGACGGAAACCAUGGCGGUGAUCCGCAAGACAAUCUCGGACUCCAUCAUCGAGCUCACCAUCCCCAUCGGCUCGGCCUGGAGAUUCACCAGUAUCUAUGCUCCCGGCGACUGGGUCAACAUCCAAGUCCCACAGAUCUCCAAUUUCCAGCAGCAUCCGUUCAGCAUCGCCUCGUACUGUCUGGACACACCCAAUGCCAUGGUUCUUUACAUUAAAGCCAACGGCGCGUGGACCCAGAAGCUUUCCAAGCUGAUCGCCGAGCACGAGGACCGGGUUGAGGUCCCCAUCCGCGUUGACGGACCAUUUGGCUCUCGCAGCACCGACUACCUCAAUCUGGAUCACCUCGUCAUCGUCGCGGGUGGCUCGGGCAUGGGCGCUCUGAUGCCGUACAUCCUACACUACAGCAUUGCUGGAUCGGCUUCUGGGAAGCUCACGCUGGUCUGGACCGCCAAGAAAGAGUCCGAUAUCCUCGCCUACGCCUCAUUUGUCCGCGAACUGGCUGACGAAUCGUCGCUGCUGCACAAACGAGUUGACCUGCAUCUCCACAUCACUCGGUCCGAGGCCGUCGUGAGCGAUACUCCAGCCACCCCCGGUUCCCCGAACGACUCUGAACUCAAAGAAAAGCAAAGCCUCGGCCUCAUAUGCGAUACUCCGAGGGUCAUCAAGUCCCCACGCCCUCUUGCCGUUCGCUGGCUGAGCAUCCGAGACCGCUCGGGCGAGAUUGCCUUGGCGGUGAUGGUCUUUGGGUUUGCCGUCCUGGGUUGGUACCUCGGCAUCCGUCUCAACUUGACCGGCCCAGCAGCUCAAAAAUGCAGCGCCAAAACAGCAUUCAAGCUCACCGGCCUCGAUCACUUCCUCUGCUGGUACUUUAUGCCCGCAGGCAGUCCAGUGCUCUCGAUUCUGCUUGCACUUGUUGGCGGUUUGGCAACCACAGCGUGUGCCAACAUCCUGCGCUCUCGUCGGAGCGCGACCGCCUGCUCGACGCUUUCUGCCGAGUCCGACGAGACUCUCAACGGACGAUACUCGAGCGAGAUGCUUGCCGCCGUGCCUCCAUCUAUCUACGUCCACAAGACCCGACCAGACUUUGCGACGCUGUUCCAGACUCUGGGACUCGAGGAGGCUGGCGCCAAGUCCCAAGUCGCCGUCAUGGCCGCUGGUCCCGAGCGACUCAUGCGACAUCUGCAGUCGAUGGUUUCGAGCUCCAAGAACAUCCAGUGGUACCGCGAGUCCUGGAAGGUCUGAUGGGCGCGACAUCACCCUGGUAUCGAUCAGUCACUUUGGUAUUGAUCAGCCAGAUCGCCGAGCGUCGGCCAGUUGCACCCCUCCUCCUUGAACUGCUCGACCCAACUCCAGGCAUCAACGGCACGCGCAAACUCCGGUCAAAUCUUUGGCCGCAAGAAACACGAACCACCGAUGCAUAUCGCUCAGCACUCGUUGCUGUCAUGAACUUCACCCAAGCCAAGAUCAAAAUCACAAAUUUGCCGACACCGCUCUGCACAAACUCUUCUCUGUCCAUGCGUUCCAAAUUGUACCAUUCCACUCAUUUGUUCACAUUGUAUCUGCCCCGCACUGCACAGAUCUAUGACACCUUUCCAUCAUCCCCAUCGAUAUGAACCAAACCCGUGCGCGUGUUGAAUACAUUGAUUGCAACAUAGCAC